UGAAAGGAGUCCCUGUUGUAAUUCGCCCUCCCGACCACCGGCAGCGCUGUGUAGGGUUGACCGUGAUUGGGUCAGGAGGCUGAACUCUGACCAUACAGGAAGUUCCGGGUCAGGCGGCCAUCUUGGCCCAAGGUGGGACCAUGCGGCCGUCAGGUCCCAUCAUUGCAAUCAGCUGUGCUGUUCUCAUCGAUUGGCUGACGUGAGGCAGCGUGCUGAUUGCAGGGGUGGGACUUGGCAGUAUUUAAGCAGUAUGGUUUUGCCAUUCGGCCCCCUGUCCUGAACUGAAAACACGUGCUGUGCUUUGUUGUUGUUUUGUUUUAUCAAACUGCUGUAAUUCGCAGAAGCUUGAAACUUAAGGGACUUUGGUGGAUUGCCGCAGUGGAAGAAACCCAGGACAAGCCAGUAAUCCGUGGAAGGGGGCCAGGAGGCGGUGAGAGGAAACCCACUGCAGGAGCACAGAGAAACCCAGUGCUUCCUUUAUUGUUGUGUGUAACGGGACGUUUUUGUUUAUUCUUUUUAUUUGAAACCUGAGUUUACCAUCGCUGGUAUUCCAGGUGGUUUUCUUGUUUAUUUUCUGGAAUACUGGACUGUUCUAUUUUUGUUUGUUAAAAUAAAAUCCUGCCUGUACCAUUGAAGGUACAGGGCUCCAAGGACUAAACGACACUUCCGGCUCCUGUGUGCUGUCAUUUCUGGUCCUUCCCUAAAGCUCCACCCACUACCCUCCCACAAGGUGGUGUCAGAAGUGGGAUGAGCAUGGACCGGCACACCCUGCAAGCCGUCUUGGAGGAUCAGGAGAGACACCGUGACGGUGUAGAGCGGCGUCGGGAAGAACGGGAUGCUCAGAGGGAUGCUGAGCGUUCAGCCCAUCUGACCGCGAUGACUGACAAGAUGGCGGCCAUGUGUCUGGCCAUUCAGAACCUGGUAGUGGCCCAGGCCCAGGCCCAAGCCCAGGUCCCGGCCGCAGCAGCUGGACCAGCGCAGCCGACGCCCAAAAUCCGGCUGCAAAAGAUGACCUCAGAAGAUGACCCGGAGGCCUUCCUGACCACGUUUGAGCGGGUGGCUACAGUGUCAGGGUGGCCAGCCAGAUGUUGGGCGGCACAACUCGCCCCUUGUCUGACUGGUGAGGCGCAGGCAGCAUACCGGGCCCUGAGCAAUGUGGCAGCGGAGGAUUAUCCCCAGGUGAAGGCAGCUAUCCUCCAACGCCUCAAUAUCACUCCGGAAACGCAUUGCCGGCGUUUCCGGACCUACAAGCGUCCAGAGGGAACCCGGCCCCGCAUUGCGGCCCAGCAACUCUGGGACCAUCUGACCCGCUGGCUGCGUCCCACUGAACGGACCACCCAACAAAUCAUGGAGUCUGUGGGGGUCGACCAGUUCCUGGAGGUGUUGGAACCGGAGACUCGAGCCUGGGUCGCUCGCCACAGUCCCGAGACGAUGGACAAGGCCGUCGAACUGGCGGAGGCUUUCGAGGAUUCACUGCUUCGGGUGGACCCCAGUCCAGCCCCAGCAGUCCCAGUGAAGCAUCGCCCUUUACCAGCGCACCCAAGGACUGCAGCGAGGCCUUCAGUUUUCCCCGUCCCUUUGAGCGCCUCGACUCCAAAGUGGAGACCGAGGUUAGCUCCCAGCUGGGCCAGAGAGAAUCCCUGGACCCCCCCCCCCAGUGGUGGACCAAGGGACAAGCAGCCGUCUCCCACAGCGUUGCCUUCCCCUACCUGCUUCCGGUGCCAUGAGGUGGGACACAUCGCGAGAUUCUGUCCUGCCGCAAUGGAGUGUGACGUGGCCUUGCGAUGUCCGGACGCAGAGGGUGAAGCUUGAAACUUAAGGGACUUUGGUGGAUUGCCGCAGUGGAAGAAACCCAGGACAAGCCAGUAAUCCGUGGAAGGGGGCCAGGAGGCGGUGAGAGGAAACCCACUGCAGGAGCACAGAGAAACCCAGUGCUUCCUUUAUUGUUGUGUGUAACGGGACGUUUUUGUUUAUUCUUUUUAUUUGAAACCUGAGUUUACCAUCGCUGGUAUUCCAGGUGGUUUUCUUGUUUAUUUUCUGGAAUACUGGACUGUUCUAUUUUUGUUUGUUAAAAUAAAAUCCUGCCUGUACCAUUGAAGGUACAGGGCUCCAAGGACUAAACGACACUUCCGGCUCCUGUGUGCUGUCAUUUCUGGUCCUUCCCUAAAGCUCCACCCACUACCCUCCCACACACAUGCAUUCAACAAUUCAAUAAAAUACAAAUACUCUUUUAUAUACUGGACCAGUAGAUCAGUGUCCAGCGAUCUCAAGUCCCUAGCAAAACAUAUUCCAGAAUAAUGAAUUCACAGACCUCUUUAUAUGUAUAUCUGUAUUCCAUACUGUAUCUCUUCUAGCAAUGUAAAGUAUUGUAAACUGUGGCCAAGGACCCCCUGUAUAGAAGGUGGAGUGAGAAGCAGUGCUCUGUGUUACACGUAUGUGCAAAAUAUAAACCUUCCAUACAGCAUGACCUUUAAGUGACCUCCCUUUGGUGUCUCUCUGUCUGGAAGCAUAGUAAAGUAAAGGCAAGCAUUAGAAAUGCCAGAGAGGUAUGGUAAAGCCUAUUAUAAAACAUGGCAAACAAUGGUAUAACCAUGGGAAAUGGAAAAACGGCAAAAUGACUAUAUACAGUUACAGAGGUAACAUUUUAUAUUGGUGUCCUAAUCGUGGCUUUUUAAAAGUACCACAUAACAAAAGCUAUGAUUUUGAAUUACUGUAUUUAAUGCUAAUGCUGCGCAUAUGUGUAUCUCCAUAGCAGCUGUUGCUGUAGGGAGGCCAUACAGAAUCUGUGACUACUUCUGGUGGCUUUGUCUGAUGCUUUGUAUUUGUGUUCAAUCUUCAGUUAAAAGAUGUUCUGGUGUGUCUUUUAAAAUCCAUGCCCUUGCCUCUCACUGACUUUUGUACUGACCGUUGUCAUACCCAUUGUUAUAUGUGUCAAUUUUAACUUCUCAGUCAUCAUGAGUAAAAUGUGAGCUGAAAAUGUUCUUGUUAGGAUCACGCCCUGCAACACUUUCUGUUAUAAAUGUUAGCACUGUCUGCAUGGGAAAGGGCACGGAUCCAAGCAGGGCUCAAACAUGUGCCACAUGCAGCCAGCGAUGCUGCGCACAAAUGAACCAUGUUGUUGUUGUCUGUAGUGUGAGGAGAAACCUUUAACUUGCAAAACAUUUAAUUUGCAAACAAUGAUAACAAUAAAGGAAAUGGGUCUGCGCCACACAAACAGCGCUCGUGAAGGCGUUGCCCAGCCCAGGCUGUUUGAAGAGGCAGGAGUCUCCAUGAGGAUGCCGGGACUUCAGGAAGUAGGUUAGUUUAGGGGAGCUUGAUCCCAGUGUACAGAGAGGGUUUUUGUAGUGUUGUAGGUUCCUGGAGCGGGACGUUUCUUAGUGAGGCUAGUGCUCGCCUUGUGUGGCAAACUUUUAUUUUUACCUUUGUUUUGUUUUGUUUUGUUUAUUAAAUGUGAGACUAGGGCUACCAUUAUUGGUACCCUAGUGUCAGCACUUGUGUUAAUUAAAUCUGCGUGCCUUGGAAGUGGAAAACCACAGAACGAUAGAGAAUCAGCAAAUGGUAUCACUAGUCAUGAAUGAUUUCUUUCAUGUAUUCAUUGUAAUGAUGAUCUUCAUGUAUCUAUAUGGCUUUACAUUGUGGAAGCGCGAGGGGAGUUGGAUGCACAGUUAGUAGAGUGGGCUGGGCAGAGGCCUGUUCCCUCCGUAUUUCCGAGACACACAACUUAACCACUGUACAAACGGAACAGAUUGAGUGAAUCAGGGGUCUGCAUUAUCUGUUACAAAAGGUAGUAACAAAACAGCAGUUUCUGGAGUUUGUUGUGUAAAUGUUAAGGGUAUGGAAUGGGUUACCUUGGCAUAUUGUUGAUGCUGAAUCAUUGCGAACUUUCAAGACCCAACUUGACACUAUUUUGAGAUGAUUCAGCUAAUUAUGUAGGAACCGGACAAGUGUUUACAGGCCAAAUGGCCUCAUCUUGUUUGUAAAUUGUCUUGUGUUGCUUUGUUCU